CCGCCGCCAGCUGCCGGGCACCAUGCGAGCCGCCCCGAGCCUCCUCCGCCGCGGCGUCUGCCUGCUGCUCGCCGCGAUCCUGGACCUGGCGCGCGGGUACCUGACAGUCAACAUUGAGCCUCUCCCCCCUGUGGUGGCUGGGGAUGCCGUGACCUUGAAGUGUAACUUCAAGACGGAUGGUCGCAUGCGCGAGAUCGUGUGGUACCGGGUGACGGACGGUGGCACCAUCAAGCAGAAGAUCUUUACCUUCGACGCCAUGUUCUCCACCAACUACUCGCACAUGGAGAACUACCGCAAGCGGGAGGACCUUGUGUACCAGUCCACUGUGAGGCUGCCUGAAGUCCGGAUCUCGGACAACGGUCCCUACGAGUGCCACGUGGGCAUCUACGACCGUGCCACGAGGGAGAAGGUGGUCCUGGCUUCAGGCAACAUCUUCCUCAACGUCAUGGCUCCUCCCACCUCCAUCGAAGUGGUGGCCGCUGACACGCCAGCCCCCUUCAGCCGCUACCAAGCCCAGAACUUCACGCUGGUCUGCAUCGUGUCCGGAGGGAAGCCAGCGCCUAUGGUUUAUUUCAAACGAGAUGGGGAACCCAUCGAUGCAGUGCCCCUAUCAGAGCCGCCGGCUGCGAGCUCUGGCCCCCUCCAGGACAGCAGGCCCUUCCGCAGCCUCCUGCACCGUGACCUGGACGACACCAAGAUGCAGAAGUCACUAUCCCUCCUGAACGGCGAAAACCGGGGCGGACGACCCUACACGGAGCGCCCCGCCCGCAGCCUGACCCCAGAUCCCAGCAUCCUCCUCCAGCCAACCACGGAGAACAUCCCGGAGACGGUCGUGAGCCACGAGUUCCCCCGCUGGGUCCACAGCGCUGAGCCCAUCUACUUCCUGCGCCACAGCCGCACCCCGGGCAGCGACGGCACCGUGGAGGUGCGCGCCCUGCUCACCUGGACCCUCAACCCGCAGAUCGACAACGAGGCACUCUUCAGCUGCGAGGUCAAGCACCCAGCGCUGUCGAUGCCCAUGCAGGCAGAGGUCACGCUGGUGGCCCCUAAAGGACCCAAAAUCAUGAUGACGCCCAGCAGAGCCCGGGUAGGGGACACAGUGAGGAUUCUGGUCCAUGGAUUUCAGAACGAGGUCUUUCCGGAGCCCAUGUUCACAUGGACGCGGGUUGGGAGCCGCCUCCUGGACGGCAGCACCGAGUUCGACGGGAAGGAGCUGGUGCUGGAGCGGGUUCCGGCUGAGCUCAACGGCUCCAUGUACCGCUGCACAGCCCAGAACCCGCUGGGCUCCACCGACACGCACACCCGGCUCAUCGUGUUCGAAAACCCAAAUAUUCCAAGAGGAACGGAGGAAUUCCAUGGUUCCGCGUCCGGCCCUGCUGGCGCCCGGCUCACCUUGGUGCUCGCCCUGACAGUGGUCCUGGAGCUGACGUGAAGGCGCGCCCGCCCCGCCACUCCAUCGGCACUGACAUCUCCGCCAUUGGUUUUCAUUUCUUUUCUAAACUAUUUCCAGUCUUGUUCUUAGUAUCUUUCUGUCUGUGUCUUGGCUUCUUCAGUCGGUUUAAUUAAAACAAACAGAACGAUUUUCCCCA